AUCGUCUUGAGAAAGUCGCCCAGUCCACUGGUACCUCCUUCGAGUCUGAGUAACAAAAGAAAAAUACAAGUCUCAGAAAACAAAUUAAUGUUAAAGAUAGAAUUAAUUGAUGGGUUAAGAGAGUACUCCAGAGAAUUUUCACCAUGUUCUCAACUUUGCGUAGAUUUUUGAACAACCACAGACGUAAAUUCAUAGUGAGUGGGAUCAUUGUGGGUAGUGCUGUAGUUCUAUGGAGAUGUAGUAAACAGAAGCUCCUUGAAUGGAAGCAAAAAGAGGUACAGGAGUUGUUGCAGAGGUCUAGGAGGAGUCAGCAUUUUGAGAGCACUGAGAGAUCUUGUAAUCAGACGAUAAUUAAUCUAGCAGUAUGCGUUAGGAAUUCAGUGACGAAGGUCCUGGACACGGAGAAGGUUGUGAAUGAGCUUCGACAAGGCUCUGCUGAUAAAGUGACAGCUUGGAACAAGUUAAAGGUCUUCUCCAUAGCUCGUUCAGCUACUAUAAUAUACGCCAAUACAAUGGUGGUAGCGAUUUUGAGAGUUCAGAUGAAUCUCAUGGGGGCUUAUAUGUUCAGGAAUUCACAAAAGACUUUGGACACUGGAAAUUUCAGUGAACAAUUGCAGCAGAAGUAUCUAUCGUUGGGCAGUUAUUUUAUUGACGAGGGAAUUCAAAGGCUGAGUUCUUUUAUUGAGAAAAAAGUCGAGGAGACAGUGAGUUCUAUCAAACUAACAGAUCAAUUGAGCAUCAGAGACUUGGAGCAAAUUUAUUUAGCCAUUAUGUCCACUGUACUUGCUGAUGAUUGUAAUCCAGUGAAAAAACUCACCAACUAUAUGCUACCACCAAAGGUUGAGGAAGAAAAUGACCCUUUACUUAAGAAGAUUAUCAUUGCCACUCUGGAUUUACUAGAAACGGAAGAACUUCAGGGCCUGAUACAAUCCAAUAUUAGGACUGGAUUUGUUGCUUUGGUUGACAAAAUAUCAGAGUACUUUAUUGAGAUUCCUCUUAAGAAAAAUGGAAUGCAGAGCCUUAAGGAGGUGGAAAAGAAGAAUGGGUUUUCAGAUAUCAAUAAAAUUACCAUGCCCAUGGCGAAAAUCAUUCCGAUCAUCAAUGGUCAGGUACCAGAUGCACCCACUCCGAAUGAUAUACCCUCAGAAUGGCUGCAGAGGCUCAUCAUGGAUGAGAUGCUCAAGUCGUUCGGGGCUAAUAUCUAUGAGGCAUUCAGCUUUUAAGGGAAAAGUUGGGAAAUUAUUGGGUUUUCCAUUAAUACAGUGAAGGGAAUGUCAAAACUAUUUUAUAUACGUGAAUGUAAUGUUAAUAAAUUAAUCAGUUUCACUUGGA